AUGCCACCCCUUCCCCCAUCCCACCGUCGUCACGACUCCCAAACCUCAACCUACACUCGCGCCUCAAUCCUCCCAACCUCAGGCUCAGGCUCUGGCGCCUUCAACCCCGGCGCAUCUUCCAUGCCCCAAGGCAGCACCGGUUCAGCUUCGAUGUCUGCCGCCAAAACCCGUCAAUAUGCCCAUCUGCACAGCCAACUCGCACAGCUCAAUGCAAAUCUUGCGGACACGGAGAACUUGCUCCGUAUGACGGCUGUCCAAGCAGGCGAUAUGCGCUUCUUGGGUGGCUAUGUCGGUGCAAUGUUCAUGGGCUCUGCGAAGAUUCUCGGCGAGGAAGGCGUCAAGGGGAAUGCAGACCCUGUUGAGGCCAAAAUUAAGAAGGAGGAGAGUGAAGAGGACUGA